UAUACUGCAUCACACUCCGCCGGAGACUACUGUCAGAAGAAACACAAAAAGUUUUACAGCCGACAAGCGACGCUCCUCAACCGCCGGACUAUCGACCCGCAAACUGAACCAAGUCCUGACCUGAGCGAGUGUACUGCUGACAGAGAGAGAGAGCAAGCAGGAGGCGGGUUACCACUGCUGCUGCAGAAGUUGCCUCCAGGCUUCAGACAUUACUCCUGGCUUACAGAAAAUUACAAUGGCUGACCGUUUUGACUGUGACAACUGCAAGGAGUCUUUGUAUGGCCGCAAGUACAUCCAGUCAGAUGACAGUCCCUACUGCAUCCCCUGUUACGACAGCCUGUUCUCAAACACGUGUGAUGAGUGCAAAGAGCUGAUUGGCCAUGACGCAAGGGAGCUCUUUUACGAGGACCGACAUUAUCAUGAGCACUGCUUCCGCUGUUUCCGUUGUGAUCGCUCGUUGGCAGAUGAGCCUUUCACCAGCCAGGAUGAUGCAUUGCUCUGCAAUGACUGCUACUGUAAUGAGUUCUCCUCCAAGUGUGUAGCCUGUGACAAAAUCGUCAUGCCAGGUACGAGGAAGUUGGAGUAUGCAGGAGCUACAUGGCAUGAGGGCUGUUUCCUCUGUCACAGCUGCGAACAGCCAAUUGGCUCGAAGUCCUUCAUCCCGGACAAGAAUGAACACUACUGUGUGUCCUGCUAUGAGGACAAGUUCGCUCCACGCUGCACACGCUGUAAAAAGACCCUGGCUAAAGGUGGUGUGACCUAUCGGGACGAGCCGUGGCAUAAGGAGUGUUUUGUGUGCACCAGCUGUAAGACACAGCUGGCGGGUCAACACUUCACCUCCCGAGACGAAAACCCUUACUGCCUCAAGUGCUUUGGCAGCCUUUACGCCAAGAAGUGUGAGGCCUGCAGCAAACCAAUCACAGGUUUUGGAGGAGGAAAGUACAUCUCAUUUGAGGAUCGCCAGUGGCAUCAGCCAUGCUUCACCUGCUCCCAGUGCUCAGUUUCACUGGUGGGCGCUGGCUUUUUCCCUGAUGGUGAGAGGAUCUUAUGCCGCGACUGCAACAGCAACCUAUAGAGUCAUUUACCACAUCCUCACCCUUCCCUUGACUUACCUUUUACCCUCCGUCACAGCAUUUCAAGACACCCAAGUCAUUGCCAAGGAAGGUAACACAGGCUAACAAAUGCUGCCUCUCAGGUUGUUUUUAUAUAAAGAGAUCAGUUCCUCGUGGUCCCUGUUUGGGUCUGAUUUUCAUCCAGGAGCUAGCGCGCAAAAUGUUUUGAUGCUGCAUUGUUUGAAUGAACCACCACAAAGAUUUCCUCUUUAAUCGGAAAGUUAAUGAUUUUGUGAUAGUGUAUGAGUGCCUUAAGAAUAACAUGACUUUUGUGUUAUGUACUAUUGAACCAAAAAAAUGUCAAAUGCUAGUCACUUGCUCUUCAUAUUUUAUACAAAAAAGAUGCCACUUCCAGAAGAGUUCUGACUUAAAAGAGAAGACCCAGAACACUGGUACAAUAUAAUAUGUAAACCUUACAGUCUGUGUUUAAAAGUAUGGUGGAGGUACUGUUAAUGCUCUUAUAACUGCAGUUUUAAGCAUUUUAAUGAAAAUAUUUCUGAAAGUAAAAACAAGAAGAACAUAUUUACUUUGCUAAUUAUGCUUUCAGUGAGGUUGUCAUUUUAUGGUAGUUAUGAUCAAUAAAGUCAUAUGCACUUUGUUUAAAAUAUUCUCCAUUCUCCAUCUGCUACCAUGUUAUGUGCACAUAAAAACACAAUUUCACAAAAAUGGCACACAGUUCACUGUCACGUAUCUGCUUUUGUUGAACUUUGCAAUGACAUUUAUUUUUACAUAAAGUUUCUUCUUAUUUCUGUCUUUUUUAUUUGUUGUAAUUAAUCUUUCUAUCGCCGUGGCUCAAAGAACCAACAUUUAUAACCCAAGCCAAACUUAAAUGCAAUAUUGUUGUGUAUUGUAUGCAUGUUGUCAUCUGCCAUGAUUUGCCUGAUUUGUUGCUGUUAACACUUAGUAUUUUGUUCUUUCAUUGUCAGUUCAUAACAUGUAAAAAUAAAAAUACCUAUAUUUCAAUAUUUCAGCUUUGAUGCUGGUGAGUCAGAGUUGGCAAAUACAUUUUAAGAUGAUGAUGAUGAAAAUAUGCCACUGAGGCUGUGACAGUAUGAAUUUACUGUAAAAGAACAAAAAGAUGAUAAUUGAUAUAACUGAUGCUACAUGUUUAGCUUUGUUUGUGAAGUCCUAUUAAAUAAAUGUACACUGACA